AUGAUGCCCGAGGGAGCCGCGACCAAGGUUGUCAAGCAGGUCAUCGGCGAGAUCCCCCGAGAUCUGCAAGCGCUGCGCGAAGCGAUGCUUCCUGUGAACAAGCAAUUCAAGCCUGUCUUGCCGAGUGCCAGCGCCGAGAAGGGCAAGAAACAGUUCGAGUCGGUCGCAAUCCUGCCCAAGGAGGCCAAGGACUACUUCGACGAGUUCAAGCGGUUUUGCCCCGAGGGUGACGCAAGCGAGCGCAUCUGCACCACGAGCGCCAUCGUGGCGUGGCGCUGGCAAGUCAGCACGGUGGCCAAUAAGGCUUUCGAGCUCGACCGCGACGAGGGCACCGAGGAGAAGAAGAAGCUCGAGCAUCAGAAGAUGUUCUUCGAUGUGUACAUGGAGACUAGCUUCCCGAACUACACCAAGAUCAACAACGAGUACGAGGAGAUGAAGGACAUGGCUGCUCGUCUCCCGAGCGAUUGGCGAGACAUCUUCCCCGAGGAGAGCCUCGCGCCGUUCGAGAACGCCCGAGACAUGUUCGAGGCAAUGCGGCAAGAGCUCGGGCUCAUAGGACCGCCCGAGAACACGCCGUGUCUCGAAGAGCAGGGGGCGCUCGAGGAGAACGCCCAGCUCCCGAACAACGAGGCCGAGGGCCCGAGGUCUCGAGAGCCCGAAACACCAGAGAAGCCCGAGGGCGAGACCGACGAGCUUGACGACGAGGACACCAAGCGCCAAGAGCUCGAGAAACCCGAGACGCCCGAGAAACUCGAGGUCCGCGAGAAGGAGCCCCAGGCCGUCAGCAGCAGCGGCGAGAAGAAGCGAGGGCGAGACCGAGACGAACUCGAGACGCCCGCGGAGUCCGAGGACGAGGUCGGGAGCCCGAGGUCCCGAGAGCCCGAAAAACCAGAGAAGCCCGAGAGCGAGACCGACGAGCUUGACGACGCGGACACCGAGCGCCAGGAGCUCGUGCCCGAGGAGGGCAAGCGCCUAGUAGAGGAACCCGAGGUUUAA